CUGUUCUCAGCGGAGCCACGAAAAAGGGGGGUGGGGCCUCAGGCCCAGGCCAAGAUGGCGGCGGCGAAACCGACCCCCACCGACUCGCUCUCAUUCUGCCUCGCGCAGCUCACUGCAGCGGCCGUGGAAGGGCCGGGUGGGGGAAAGGACUCGGCAGCCAACGAAGCCCCCUUGAGCCGCGCGCUCCUAGCCCUUCGCACGCGCCACGUCAAGGCGGCGGGGGAUAUUGAGCGUUUCCGGGCGCGCGGUGGGCUCCGCCCCCUGCUCGCACUGCUGCGGCGCACGGCAGCAGUGGCGGCGGGACCCGCCCCGCCCCCAGCAGGCCCCGGCCCCGCCCCUUCACCAGCCACGUCGACGGGCGCCGCCGGUCCCGCCCCUUCAUCGGGUCCCGCCCCCCCCGCUGCUGCGUCAGCGCCUGCGCGCUUACGCAGAACGCUCGAUUUGGCCCUCAGCAUCCUUGCCAACUGCUGCACGGAGGGGGCGUGUCGGACUGAAGUGCGCAGACUCGGCGGUAUUCUCCCACUUGUAAGCAUCCUACAGUGUGUGAGGACUGACAGCAUACAAAACCGGACAGCCCGAGCCUUAGGGAACCUGGCUAUGGAAGCUGAAAGCUGUGGAGAUAUCCACAGGGCUGGUGCUGUGCCUCUGCUGGUUGAGAUCCUCACUGCCUCUCAGGAUUCCCAGUGUCUCCAGAGUGUCGUCCGUGCCCUCCGCAACUUGGCUGAUUCACCUCAGCACCGCCUGGCCCUGGCUCAACAGGGGGCAGUUAGACCCCUGGCAGAGCUACUGGCUACAACUUCUGACCCCGCCUUGACUUCAGCCCUGGCCCGGGCCUUGUUGGAGCUAAGCCGAGGCUGCUCACGGGCCUGUGCUGAACAGCUAAGCCUGGGUGGCGGACUGGGACCCCUAGUGAGUCUGGCCACUCACCCCAAGCGGACAGUACGUGAUGCAGCCAUCCUGACUCUGGCCAACCUAUGUGCCCAGGGCCUAGUUCGUCCUGCUUUGGGCAAUGCUGGCGGCGUGGAAGUACUACUUAGUGAACUCCGGAGGAGAAGGGGGCCCAGUGGGGCAGGCCCAGUGUCCCAGCAAGCCCUGGUACGGGCUGUCUGUCUUUUAUGCCGUGAGGCCAUUAACCGAGCACGACUAAGGGAUGCUGGAGGUCUGGAGCUGCUCAUGUCCCUUCUGAGAGACCCACGGGCAGGAGCCUUUCACCCUCGUGUGGUAGCAGCACUUGUUGGUUUCCUGUAUGACACUGGGGCCCUAGGAAGACUGCAAGCACUAGGGCUUGUGCCAUUGCUGGCAGGGCAGCUAAGUGGUGAAGUUGGAGAAGAAGAGGAAGAGGGCCGUGAGGCUGCCUCCUGUGACUUUCCUGAGGAACGGACCCCAGGGCCGACAGAAGCUGGGAGCUUCAGGAGCCUCAGGUCAUGGCUAAUAUCAGAAGGCUAUGUUGUGGCACCUGGAGAUAUCUCCCCAGAUUGGUCCCCUGAACACUGCCCUCUGCCAGAGCUUCCAGCUGUUCCAGUCAGUCCAAACCCUGCUACCCUAGGCCUGGAAACCCCAAGCACCUCUCAGCUAGAGACUCCUAGCCACUCAGGCAACAUCCCAAACCCUUCACCACCCCCACUGAGGACAUCUGGUCGGGCUGAAGAAUUGUGGGGACGGGAAGGGCCAGCCCUCUUACUCUUGUCACGCUUCUCACAGGCUCCAGAUCCCAGUGGGGCACUGGUGACUGGCCCAGCAUUACAAGGUCUACUAGGCUACGUGACUGGGGCCCCUGGUCCCCCAAAUCCUCGGGCC